AUGGAAGUGUUUGGAGUGGACGCACUUGGCUAUUGUUACAAGACUCUAGAAGUGAACGCUACCACGAAAAAAGACCUUGCUGAAUUGUUGCUUGUUUCUUUUUCAGUGUCAUGCGGAUAUCGACCAAGUGGCAUGCGUAUUGUUGGUGGGUCAGUCGCCCCAAUCAAUAGCUGGCCCUGGCAGGCGAUGCUGCGGAACAGUUAUGGUUGGCAGUUUUGCGGUGGUAGUUUGAUACAUCCGUUCUGGGUUGUCACGGCCGCUCAUUGCGUACAUGGAAAAUCCGCGUCGUCGGUGAAAGUCCUAUUGGGGGCACAUUACAAAUCUUAUGGCAAUGUCAGCACAGAGCAGAAUUUUGAUGUUAUAAAAAUAAUUGAACAUGAAAGCUACAAUAGCCCAUACCGCUGGAGCAAUGAUAUAGCUCUAUUACGGUUAUCAAAACCGGCUAAGCUUGGAAAAGGAGUUGGGCUUGUUUGCCCUCCGGAUACGAGUUUUAAGCUUCCUUUCGAUAGUCCUAACAAGAAGUGCUGGAUAACUGGUUGGGGAAGACUUUCGUACAAUGGAACCUAUCCCAACGAGUUGAUGCAAGUUGAUUUACCUUUGGUAUCAAAAAAGCGCUGUAUUACGUCAUACCCAGAUAAAAUCGAUGACUCUAUGAUAUGCGUUGGCCAAGAUGAAGGUGGAAUAGGAGGUUGUUCUGGCGACAGCGGUGGACCACUUGUGUGUGAGUUCAGUGGUAAAUGGUAUCUGGAGGGAGCUACUAGUUGGGGGAGCAAACGCUGCGCAGACCCAUUGAAAUACACUGUAUAUGCCAACAUUCGCCAUUUAAAGUCGUGGAUAACAAGCAAGAUGUCCUCUUUCCCUGUUACGGCGUUUUACCUAUCAUGUAAUUUUGACAAAAGUCUGUGUUCGGGCUGGGAGCAGUCUUACUCAGAUGCUUUCGACUGGACACGACAUCGGGGUUCAACUCCAUCUCUGUCUACAGGACCAUCCUAUGACCACACUAGUGGAUCAGGAUAUUAUAUGUACAUCGAGGCAUCGUCCCCUCGAGUUAUGGGUGAUAAAGCAAAGCUUGAACUCUCCUUAUGCGGAAAUGGAGAUGAGGCUUGUCUUACAUUCUACUAUCACAUGUACGGAAACACUACGGGGACCCUAAAUGUCUUCAGUGGAAGUAAGGUUGUAUUCAGUGCCUCAGGAAACAAAGGCAACUAUUGGCAGAAGGCCGAACGAACUAUUUAUUUGGACAAAGUUGUCACUUUUGAGGGGAUAGUAGGAUCAUCUUUUAAGGGAGACAUUGCCAUUGAUGACGUUUCGAUUAAGAGCGGACGCUGUCUUACAUCACCAGCAACCACGACAUGUAAUUUUGACAGUAGACUGUGCUCCGGUUGGUUGCAGUCUUACUCCGAUGUCUUUGACUGGACACGAAAUAGGGGAGCAACGACAUCUUCUAACACUGGCCCAGACUACGAUCACACCACAGGCUUUGGCUACUAUAUGUACAUCGAAGCCACCAAGAAAAAUGCUGGUGACAACGCCAAGUUAAAGCUUUAUUUAAACGGAAACGGAGAAGUCUCUUGCCUUAGGUUCUAUUAUCACAUGUAUGGAGAUACUAUUGGGGCACUCAAUGUCUACAGUGAAAAUCAUUUAAUAUUCAACUCUAUUGGAAAUCAUGGAAACCUUUGGAUAAAGGCAGAAAGGACAUUUCAUUCAGAUACAACAUUGACAUUUGAAGGAAUAGUAGGAUAUUCCUUCACUGGUGACAUAGCCAUUGAUGACGUCACCGUAUCCAGUGGGAGCUGCUCAGGGCAAACUCCGCCUCCAACAUGGCAUUCAGCUCUGACAACUAUUGAGCCUUCUUUAAAACCUAACAGUUCCAACAAUGUGACCACCCAAAAGCCGUCCAUGCCAGUUGAUUCUCCAACAACCAAGGGGAAUUUUACGUCGACCCACGUGCUGACUUACAAUCCGACUACUAUUCCUCGCACUCCAUCGGCAAAAGAAAUACAAGAAGCAGUAAUGUUAAAAAUGACAAAUUUUGAUAUGAAGAAGUGGAAGGAGAUGGAAGCAGACUUUAAACGAGAAGUUGCAAGUGCAGCUAAUGAAUAUUGUGCAGAUGGAGGAGCAUCCUGUCAAACAAGUCUUCGUCGGAGACGAUCAUCCGAUAGCAUGAAGAACCUCAUUGGGAACCCUCAAUUCUCAGACGAUAUGGUUCAGAUUGUCUCUGGUUACCCAAGGCUGUCACCGGACGAUCCAAGCAUAACGUUGUUGGCUUUUUACCUACAACUUCCUGGAGGUGUCGGAGAUAAUUUGGUCAGCGAAGAUGUCCUGAAAAACAUCGUGAAAAGCGAUAUAAAAUCUAUUGAAGGGUCGAUGGGUGUUAGCAUCACAACUGUUCAGUCAAUGCCAUCCACUAAGAAUGAAGUAGAUCAAGAAGAUGAGACAGAUGACAAAGGAUCAAUCUCAACCUCGGUUAUUGUGGGUGUUACCCUUGGAUCCCUGUCCUUGCUGGGGAUUCUCAUCGCUGUCAACUUGUUUAUCAAAUCUAAUAGGUUCGGCCCCAAACGCCGUGCCCUGUCCACCGACAAGGUCAAUCAAGGAAUUGAGUUAGAUCAAGAAGCUGUUAAUAAGAAUGCAGAUAAGCAUGGUGUGACUUCCAGCAAACCAAGUGGUACGACAAUAGCUGGGGUGUCAGUUGAGGAAACAUCACUUGACGAGGAAUACCAUGAGGAGAAGCUGCCCAGGCCCGGUGAAGAGAUCCCGCCAAACGAAAAUGUGAACUGCUGAUCUGUAUGAAAAGGAAGGUGGCCCUUGUUCCUAGGGAAAAAACAGUUAUUUUUUUAAAACUUCUUCUCUUACGACUUUUCGCGUUCAUGAUUGUCCUCUGGUCGGAAAUACACGGAGUCGUUUUGGGAUUUUUUUUCCGUUGUAUAAUUCGGUAACCUCUGCUGUAAUUUCAUGCAAAGUAAGUUCCUUUAAGCCGACUGUCCAUGAUCUUGGCAACUCUAGCCACUAAAACACGAAAUUUGGGUAAAAUGUUUCUUGCGUUUGAUUUAAAGGGAAGCAAUCUAGAACUAGAAUAUUAUAAUUAAAACUUGAUGAUGUAAAGAGACCGAGGAUUCGACCAUGAAGAUAUUCGUAGAUACCUUGAAAUAAUACCUGGAUUUCAUUUUUACAUUGUAGAAAUCAAUUCCAACACAAUGAAGUAUUCGAUUUAGUUUUAAGUUGAUUUGAUGUUGUUCUUGGCUAUAUUAAAGAGGUUCAGAAAAGUUUUAGAUGGUAUUUAUUCAAGUUUGCAGAUAAAUGAGUUUACUGGAAGGUGGAGUUCUGGCAACAUGUUAACA